GUGCGGCGCGAGCCGGGAAGCUCGGGGCGGGUGGAGCUGCAGCGGUCCGGGGGAAGGCGUGUGAGGCCCGGGCACGAGCGGGAGCGGGAGCGGGAGCAUGGCGCUGCGACUGCUGCAGAAGGCCGGGCGCGCGGCCGCAGCUGCUGCCAGAGCCGGAGCCGGAACCGGAGCGGGGCUCCUGCGCGACGUGAAGCUCUCUCUGGCAGUGGAUGUUUGCAAGAUUGGUUAUUGUUCUUCGGUUAAUCACAAAUAUACUCCCAGGAGGGCAGUGCUGUGUGUUCCUGGAAAUGAUGAAAAGAAAAUACAGAAAGUACCAUCACUCAAUGUAGACUGUGCAGUGUUAGACUGUGAAGAUGGUGUGGCUAUGAACAAAAAGGAGGAAGCAAGACUGAGAAUAGUGAAGACCCUGGAAGAGUUUGAUUUGGGCCCUACUGAAAAGUGUGUGAGGAUCAAUGCAGUCUCUAGUGGUCUUGCUGAGAAAGACUUGGAGGCUCUGCUGCAAUCUCAGGUCCUCCCUUCCAGCCUGAUGCUGCCAAAGGUUGAAAAUCCUGAAGAAAUACGAUGGUUUUCAGACAAAUUUUUAUUCCACUUAAAAGGCCGAACACUUGUAGAACCAAUGAAUUUGAUCCCUUUUGUGGAAACUGCCAUGGGUUUGCUCAAUUUUAAGGCUGUCUGUGAAGAAACAUUGAAGACUGGAUCUCGAGCUGGUCUUCAUCUAGAUGCAGUCGUUUUUGGAGGAGAGGAUUUCCGGGCUAGCAUAGGUGCAACAAGUAGUAAGGAAACUCAAGACAUUCUCUAUGCCCGGCAAAAGAUUAUCGUGGUAGCAAAAGCCUUUGGUCUACAAGCCAUAGAUCUGGUAUACAUCGACUUUCGAGAUGAAGAUGGACUCCGCAGACAGUCAAGAGAGGGAGCCAUCAUGGGCUUUACUGGUAAGCAGGUGAUCCACCCAAACCAAAUUACAGUGGUCCAAGAACAGUUUUCUCCAACGAGUGAAAAAAUUCAGUGGGCCAAAGAACUGAUUUCGGCUUUUAAGGAACAUCAACGAUUAGGAAAGGGAGCCUUUACUUUCCAUGGGAGUAUGAUAGACAUGCCAUUACUGAAGCAGGCACAGAACAUUGUUACGCUUGCCACAGCCAUCAAGAAAAAAUGAUCUGCUAAAAGAAACUCUCCCCAGGUGGGCGGAACAUAUACAGUGGGUUUCUUAAAGAGGGACUGUCACACUGGGGACUUGUUAGUAUGCCAGAUUGGAAUAUAAUUCCAUUUAGAGCUCAUGUUAGUUUUUAUUUUGGUUAAUAUACUGGAGCACUUCUCCCAGCUAUACCUUAUUGGAAAAAUGGGCUUUCUCCCCUUUGGCCCCAAAUUUAGGGUCUAACAGUUUUUUCCUACUAUGAUGUAUAAAGAGACUUACAAUUUCACUGGUCUGUCAAACCGAUGGGGGAAAAAAGGAUUUGAGAGGAUACUGAACGUUUAUUCAAUCAGAUACUUUCCAAUCACUCACUCUCACUCUGUCAAUAACUGUUGUUCACUUGCUAGAAUGAAAUCACAAGCUAUUCUGGGCCUGGGCCUUUUAUAAAAUGUUAGAUUAAAAGAAUGGCAUCUGCUUCAAAAAUAUGGGGGAAAAUAAUCGGGAUUCUGGGAAUGAGUACAUCACUUAAGAUUCUGCUUAUGAAAGUAUCUUUUUAAAAAUAAAUCUUCCAGGUUGGGUUCUAGAUUUCAUACAAAAAAAAUUUUAAAGUAUAUGUAUACAUGAAAGAGACAUUACCCUGUGUGAAUGUUUUGGGUCCUUACUUACAGAUAAUUAAAAAAUAAAUUCAAGAAAA